CAAACACUCCCCGGAACACAAAACUCUUGCCACGGUUCCCAAACCUGCGCCAGGCAAUCAUGCGCUUAUAAGAACCACAAAGCAACGCUGGUUCACUCUACCUCUUGACGGAAAUCAUCUCGGAGUAAAUUCUGUUACCAAUCACCAAGUCUUCACUUCAACCUCAAAUCACCAAAACUCCUCUUCAUCCUCUGCCAGCAAAGCUUCAACUCAAACCAUCCAAAACUUACGAAUGGCCAACAUAGAUAAUAUUGCCCUCUACCCAGGUUCUGAUUCAGAAUCUGGCCAAGAGUCGGAAUGGGUCUUUGGGAGGGAGUUCCUCGAUGUGGUCAAGGCCACCCUCAAGCUGCCGUUGAACCCCACACAGAAGUCCGCCAAAGUAGCUAGCGACAUACGACGACUUGUUGCUGGGGCGUCCCGGGAGAAGAUUGGUGACGCCAUUUUCAGCACAUGGAGUGUACUCUGCAACAUCGUUAGCCAGAUCCCUCACGACAGCCAACUCCAGGAUAUCUUGGCAGACGCCGUGGGCAUCCUCAAGUCAGAAGGAGGGCGCGUGUGGACAAGCAGCGAUGGCAACGACCCCUUCAAAGCAACAUGGGAUGAGCUCCCAGAUCUGGCCAUGUUCAUUCAUGAAACCCAUCUCAGUAAGAGUAUCCCGAGCCCCUAUGACAAGGAGCCCUUCCAAGACAGACGCAACUGGUGUGCCUUCCUGGCACGGCUCGAGGCCAGAGGCCUGUCUGCAGAUGUUCUUACCGUAUGGGAGUUUGCAGAAGUUUUGGAAGGGGGCACGAAGCACGAGGGUCAGCGCACCCAGCACCUAAAAGGACCGGCAAUGCACGUUGGUCUUUGUAUCGUCAGGGACAGGAUAGUGAUUGCUGGACAACAGCUCUUCGACCACCUCCGCGACGUGGCUGCAAAACAGGAUAUCACCAAGGAAACUCUCCUCAGUUACGAGCCUGGUGUCAUGUGUGACAGUCAGGAGGUAUCCGGCUGGGGACUGAGCAGAUGGCGCUUCUGGACACAGAUGCUUCGCCGAAUCCAUGAUGAGCUUCUUGGCGAGCUUGGGCUGGUCGGAGAUGAAGUGGUACCUAUCAUCAACGAAACACUCAGCAGAAUGGAGGCCUUGGAGAGAGGUGCCGGUCCUAUCGAAGGCGACAACUGGCCAAAGUUGCUGCACCUCAACAAUGAUGGGGAAGGAAAGCAACAGAACGGAAAGAAUGUGAGGUUCGUGGAAGAGACGCACGCGGACAAGAAAGCCGUGAGCGGGAGCUGGUCUUUCAGUUGUGUUGUUUCUUGAAGCAUCUGUCUCGCUGAUUUUGCUGGAGUUUGGAGUUUUGUGUAUAAUUACCUGGUUCACUUUGGGUCAUGCAACAAUAAGGCCUUGAUGCCUGAGACUUUAUGAGAAAAUAUUAUCUCAAGCUAGGUCGCCAAGAGACAACAGACCAUCCAUUAAUGUGGUCGCCUCAAGUUUGCUACCAUAGAAUAUCUGCAAUAUUCUAGGUGAAAGAUGCGGCGUUGGAACUAACGACGGGAAGCAGGGGCCACUGCCGGGCUGUCUGCUUUAGAAUAGAGACCACUCCGACCACUAUUAACGGUUAGCUGAUCAUUAGUUCAAUUGGUGUUUUGGAAGGAUUCUUGACUGGAGGGGUUAUGACAACGUAUCAGGUGCAGCAGCAGUUUGCAGCCUAUAAGUUUCUUCAAUCGCAAUUGACCUUGCACACCCG